AUGAUACUGAUUGACUUACUUGACAAUUCAGGCACUAGUAUGCCAGCUGACACCUCGAUAAAGCUACAUGAGGUGAUCAAAUUUAUAUCUAAAAGUAAGAAAAUGACUGUUCUUACUGGAGCAGGAAUAUCAUGUAAUGCGGGAAUACCCGAUUUCCGUUCAUCAGAUGGAUUAUAUAACAUGGUGAAAGCCAAACACCCCAAAGCAGUCGUCAGAGGUCAAGACUUGUUUGAUAUUUCUCUAUUCCGAGAUGAAAUGUCUCUUUCUGUAUUUUGCACCUUUAUGGAAUCAUUAUACAAAUCAUCAUUGAAUGCUAAACCAACAGAGACUCAUAAAUUUAUUAAAAUAUUAAAAGAUAAAAACAAGUUAUUGAGAUGCUAUACCCAAAACAUUGAUUGCAUAGAGCAACAUAUUAAUUUAAAACUAGGUAUAAAUUUGCAAGAGUUUGAUAAUAACAAAUUCAAGCAAGUUUGGAACCAAUUAGAUGUUGUACAGUUACAUGGGAACUUACACAAAUUGUCAUGUACUAAUUGUUUCAGUCAAUUCAAUUGGAACGAGGAAUUCCAAACCUUGUUAGCCAAUGGGCUCAAUCCAGAAUGCUCUAAAUGCAUGGACAAAUACCAACAAAGAUUAUACCUGGGCAAAAGACUAACAGGACAAACAAUUGGGUUAUUAAGACCUGAUAUUGUAUUGUAUGGAGAACAUCACCCUCAAAUGGAAAUUUUGACGCAAGGGUUAAAUUCUGAUUUGAAAAGCAGACCUGAUUGUUUGAUUAUUAUGGGGACCAGUUUAAAAGUUGCUGGUGUCAAGUCAUUGGUUAAAAGUCUAAGCAAAAUUAUCCAUAACAAAGGUGGGAAAGUGAUAUAUGUGAAUAAAACUAAACUAAGUGCAAGCUCAUGGAAGAAUUAUAUUGAUUACGAAGUGGUGUCAGAUUGUGAUGAGUUUGUCAGAAUGUUGAAAACGGAGAUUCCUGAUUUGUUUUUGACGCAAGAACAGUUGGAUUCAGAGAAAUUGAACCAAGUUGCUGUUAAGGGCAGCAGUUUGAACAAGCCAAUAGUCAAACCAGAAGCUAAAGUCAAGAUUGAACCAGGAAUUAAACAAGAAGACGCUAUACAAUAUUCACCUGAGAGAGAGGUAACAAUUAAACAAGAGGUAAAUAUCAAGCAAGAGCCAAUAGUCAAACGAGAGGUUGAGAGUGUGAGUGUCAAAGAAGAGCCAAUUCCCACACCGCCUACAACUCCACACAAACCAAAACAAGCAACUAAACUAAAAAGAAAGCUGCCUGAUGAAAUCAGUGCCAAUGAAGUCCAUUCAAGAGUUAAAAGACUACGUCCAAGAAAUGAUCAAUUAAGCUCUCCUGCUUCUUCCAUAAAUGGAAGCGAAGAAGAAGAAGAAGAGGAUGAACCUGUGGCUAAAGUGCUAUUUGAAAAUGCUAGAAAAGGAAUUACUUUGGAUCAGCAUUAA